ACCGUAUUCCAAAGCGCCCACACAACGACAACAUUACAGUGGGCAGAAGAGUUGCACGAACAAGAACGAGAACGAGAAGCUUGAUGCUUGGCCGCUGCACCCACACAGGCGCUGCCAAACGGCAUAGGCGCACAGAAGAGAGCAGAGAGCUACAGUUGGACAGAUGAUGGCGUGGGCGUCCUGCGCACUGGCGACCAAAUGCACAAUUCGUUCGUUUAGCGAAUCAACACUGUACUGCCGGCCGCAUUCAACCCCCAAUAAGUGCAGCUGCUGCUGCUGCUGCUGUUGCUGCGCUGCUGUCGCUGCCGUCGCGUGGGCGUUUUUGCAGCCUGGAAGCGAUUUGGAUGCGAGCUGCCAGGCGAGAUACACAAAGCACACGGAAGGAAAACGAGAAAAACGCAGCUGCAGCUGCUGCAGCAGUCGCAGUCGCAAUCACAAACGCAAAACCCCAACAAAUUUGAUUACUGCUGGUCUGCAUGGAUCUGCUGCACGAGGAUCAUCUUUAUGUGGCCAUCCUCAGCCUUCUGGCUCUGGAAUUCUAUUGCCUGCUGCGCUUCUUUAUCGUUGUCUACAACAUUUUCGAUUGCAUUUUGGCCAACAUUAGCAUUUGGUUGAACAGCAACUAAACAGAACAACAAUAGCAACAACAACAACAACAACAGCCCCGUACACAAUCUCAUUUUGGCGCCCACUCGAUAACGCGCUGCACAUACACACCCAUACACACACACAAUGUCAAUGUCAUUGGGCAAGAACUUUAACAUCAAACUAACGCGGUAUAUAUGUAAAUAUAUUGAAGAUGGCUGGAAGUAGUCCACGAACUGGUUGGCCACAUCGCAUGAAGAGCUUUCAGUCCAAGCAGGCGGACAUCAAUUGGCUGAUUAUGAAAUAUCUAGUGGCUGAAGGCUAUUUGGAUGUGGCCCAGGGAUUCGAGGCUGUGGCGCGCCUCGAAUCUGAAACGACACAGAUGGACCCAGUGGAAUAUCAGAAACGCAUUAAGGACGCUGUGCGCACCGCUCAAGUUCAAUAUGCCAUUGAUAUGGCCAAAAGGCUGUAUCCGAAGCUAUUCGAGAGCGAGAACUACAUGUACUUUCACAUGCAGCAGCUGCAUCUUAUUGAGCUCAUCCGUGAGAGCAACAACUACAACAGUAACGCUUCCAUUAAAACGGAACUAGAAGUGGAACGGACUGAAAAAGGUUCCGUCGAGGAGAAACGAGAACUGGACUCAGCUCUGCGCAGAGGCGGCCAUACUGCUUGCAUGGAGCCCAAAAUGAUGUUCCUGGUGAAACUAAUACUCUGGGCACAGCAGAAGCUCGAUAAGGAUGGCACUGCCAUUAAAUGUGAGGGAUUCGAUCUCGAGAUGGACGACUUCGAGUUCGAGCUGAAGAGGGCUAUGCAAAACAAUUAGAUCAGUCGAUCCAAGGAUCAGGCGAACAUCUGAUGUCUACUGCGAACUAAACAAAUAUAUAUAAAAUAUAUUUAUAUAUAUAUUAAUGAAUGUACACAAUACAAUAUUUUUUUUUUUUUUUUUUUAGAUGUGUUUAAAUAUAAUGUUCAAAUAUCUUGAUGUGUAA